AUGGAGACGACGACGACAGAAGUGGCAGCGCUCCACAAUGAUGCCCUCGCCAACGUCUUCCGCCGCUUGCCGGCGCGGAGCCUCGCCGAGGCCCAGAGCGUCUGCAAGGCGUGGCGCGCCGUCGUGGACGCCCGCGAGCUGCUGCUCCCGCACCGCAAGCUUCUCCCACAUUAUGUGCACGGCGUCUUCGUCAACUACAUCGACCACUGCCGGCCGCACCUCUUCGCCCGCCCCUUUUCCCGGCCAUCAUCGUCCGUGAGCUCCGGCCAGAUCGACGCCAUGCUCGGCUUCCUGCCCAACGGCCACCGGGACUGGUGCUUUGUGCUGGACCACUGCCGGGGACUCGUGCUUUCCGACAUGAACCAUGGCAGCCAGCUCUGCGUGUGCAACCCCGCGACGAAGAGGUGGGCACUAGUGGCGCCACCGUGGGACUUGGGGGGCAGAUGGCGCGACUACGCUAGCGCAUACCUCACCUGUGAUCCGGCAAUGUCGACGCACUAUGAGAUCCUCUUGAUCCCCGCCGAGCUGGAGUGGCCACAGCCAGAAACCCCAGGCUGCGACAAGGUGAGAAAUGAGCGGCGUGCAAUGGAGGUGCGUCUGCACGGGGUAGAUGAUGCCCCGUUCGGCCUCGAUGAUUGGCUACAACAGUUCUCAUUAGACGUCACUGAGGAGGAGGAGGAGGACGAGCAGGAAGGGUUGCAGCAGCAACAGCAGCUUCCUUCCGCGGAUGAGGUGGAUGCACCUUGGAUUGUGCAUGAUGUGCAUGACCCUGAUAAUGCUUCUGAAUCUAUGCAAGAGAGUUUGGACUGGGACUCGGACAAUGAUGAUAUUUUUACAAUUGAAGCUGGAUCAACUGAUGAGGAAUACUAUGGUGCAGGCUUUGAUAUUCUUGGAUUCCACCCUUAUAAGGGAGUUGUCUUUUUGGCUGACCACUUUAGAGUGGUGGCCUAUCAUUUGAACACGUCGAAGGCUCAGUAUCUUGGCAACUCACGUCCAAAGAGUUACUAUCAUAACUAUACAAAUGACAUAUAUGAGUCAUUUGUGUAUACUCCUUGUAUGAUCAGAGAGCUUAACAAAGGCAGUAGUACAAUGAAGGAGAAUUGA